AGUUUUCAACUUGAAGGUUCACCCUUACUUGUAGCAACCCACUUGUAUGUAAGACUAGGUGUUGGUCAUUGUAAUUACAGUUUGCAAAUGGGGAAUCGGCAGCUUCAUGUAAAACAAUAGUUAUUGGAUGUAAAGUAAAGCAAUGCUACUGAAUCUCUCUCACUUGCUGAAACACCCCACAAUCAAUCAAUUCGAUUGGCUCAUUAGUCGCUUUAACUCUUGGUCUUUAGCCAUAAGGAAUGCUUCUUCACCCUACAAAGCCUUACACAUUUACACCAGAAUGCAACGCCAAUCUGUCCCCUUCGAUAGCUUCUCAAUUCUUUUCGCUCUGAAAUCAUGUACCCAUUUUCAGAACAUACGCAUUAUACGUCAUGUUCAUGCCAAUCUUCUCAAACUGGGUUUCAACACUCAUCUUUACGUAGCCACGUCGCUGUUGCAUGCGUACGUUGUUUCUUCGUUUGGAGAUGCUUGUGACCUGUUUGAUGAAAUGCCUCAACGAAACACUGUAAGUUAUAAUACGAUGAUUACGGGCUUCUCCAGGUCAGAGGAUGUUGAAAAAGCAUGGUCAAUCUUUGAACAAAUGCCAUUGAGAGAUCUUGCAUCUUGGUCUGCAAUGAUCGCAGGAUACAUGAAUAAUGGUCGUUGGGAGAAAGGUUUGGAGCUUUUUCGUGAAAUGUUAAUGAACGAUGGAAUGAAACCUGAUCAAGUAACCUUGGGAUCGAUUUUAGCAGGCUGUGCGCGAAUGGGUUCGGUUGGGUUGGCUCUUGGAAAAUCGAUACAUGGGUUUUCAAUGAAGAAUGGCUGGGAAAUGAAUGCGGAACUUGGUACUGUACUACUUGACAUGUAUGCGAAAUGUGGGGUCUUGAAGAAGGCUUGUUUAGUCUUUGAUAUGAUGACAGAAAGGAAUGUCAUGUCUUGGACUGCAUUGAUUUGUGGGGCUGCGCAACAUGGAUGCGGCAAAGAAGCGAUAUCUGUAUUUCAGAAGAUGAAGGAAACGGGUGUGAGACCAAAUGAACUAACAUUUACAGGUAUUCUCAGCGCUUGCGCACAAGAAGGUUUAGUUGAAGAGGGUCGGAGAUUUUUCAAAAUGAGUAUAGAGUCUGGGUUGAAGCUGAGAAUUCAACAUUAUGGUUGCAUGGUUCAUUUGUUUGGAAAGGCAGGGCUGGUGGGGGAAGCUUAUGAUGUCAUUAAGACAAUGCCACUUAAACCAAACGUCGCUAUUUGGAGCUCCUUUCUGUUGGCUUGCAAGGUACACAGGCAGUUUGAAAUGGCUGAGAGAGUGAUUGAUCAGGUUUUGAGGAUUGUUAGGCCGGAGAUUGAUGGAGGGGUUUACAUCCUAAUUUGUGAUUUGUAUGCUUUGAGUGACAAGUGGGAUGAGUCAGAAAGAGUGAGGAAAUUAAUGUUCAACCAAAAUGUGAGGAAAGGAAGAGGAUCUAGUUUCAUCAAUAGUUCAACAGCAUAGACACAUUCUUUUUACGUUUGUUUCCCACAACUUGUGAACAAGAGUCAGAGAUCAUCAGCAACCAUCAGUUCAUGGUUGAGCUACUAGCUUUGUUGCGAUUUGCAAUGAUAUAAUUGGAAUGAGUAUACUUCAAUGUAACAAAAAAGGAUUUUUUUUUAUUCGUUAAAUUUUUUAUUCAACUAAAUAUGAGAAGGUGGAAGAUUAGAACAAGUUCAAUUGCAAAAGAAAGAAAAAAAUUG